AUGUCAAAAAGCGCAAAAAAAGGGAUUUCCAAUCUAGAUACAUCGAAAAAAUCGCCAUUUAUAGAGCAAUUAAGUAAGAGAGAAGAAAAUUUACAGCUUGAAUUACAAAAAUUACUCGCAGAACAACAAAGAAUUCAAGAUGAAAUGAAAAGUCUUGAGCAAGAAAAGAAACAACUUGAUGAAAAUGAGAUACAUCUUAACGAAGUUGAGAGAGAUAUAUCAGAACAAGAAGAACAAGUUUCAUCAAUUGCAAAUCUUAAUAAAUCGACAGAAGAAAUUGAAAGACAAACACAAGUAUUAAGAGAAACAGCCGAAAAACUUAAAUCCGAUCUUGGAAAAGCAAAGAAAGAGCUUGAUACCGCAAGACUUAAUGUCCAAAUGAAACAACAAGAAGUUGAAGGAAACAAUAAGCUUGCUUCAGAGCUUAGCUCACAAAAGGAAGCUCUAGAAAAAGAAGAUAUGGAAUUACGAGAAUUAGAACUUCAAUCAAAAGAUGCAGAUACGUUAAUUCAAAAUGUACGCAGAAAAUCUCAGCAAGUCAAUAGACUUAAGCAAUUAGUCGAAUCAUUACAAGAAGAGGUUUCUGUUAGAGAAGCCGAAGUCAUUAAACUUGAAGCUGACGCAUUAGAGCAUCAAAAGAAGAUUGAAGAAACAAACGAGAAGCGAGCAGCUUUAGAACGUCGUAGAGUUGCAGCUGAAGCAAAGAAGCGAAAGAUCUUACAGGCUCUUUCAGAGCGUGAUGAGAAACGUAAGAAACUUCUUGAACAGAGAGAACAGAUCAGAAAACGAAGGGAAGAAGCAGAAAAAGAACACGACGAACUUGAUCAAUUAGAAAUGCAGCUUAAGCGAGAAGAAGAGAAGCUUGCUGAACGUAAGAAAGAAGAUGAAGAAGCAGCAAGAAUUGCAGCAGAAGCAAAUGAAAGAACUCAAAACAAAGAAAUUAGAAGAGCCGCAUUAGAAGCAGAAAGACACGAAAACACACGUAAAAUGAAGACAUAUAUUGAUGAAUAUUUAUCAAAGUUUGAAGAGGAAGCAGCCGCAGUUGAAAGAAGAUUCGAAAAGCUUGAAAGAGCUGCUGCACAAAGAAGAAAUGAAGUUGAAUUGGAACAAUCGAAAUGGCUUGAGUUAUGGAAUAAAAAGCAUGAAGAAGCAGAUAAAAUGAUUAUGGAACUCGAGAACAAACUCAAGGAAUGUGAAAGUGUCGAUUCGUUGAAACAGAAACUUGCAGGUUUGCAAGCAGAACACGAUGAGCUUCAACAGAAGAUCGAAGAUGAACAAGCAGAAAUCAAACGAUUAUCAGAAGGUCCAGGCAGCGAGCGCGCACUGUUAGAACAAAUGGAGAAAGAAACACGAGAAGAGCGUGAGCGUAUUGCAGCAUUAGAAGCAGAAUUAGAGACAAAACGUAUGGAACAGCAGAAAGAAGAAGACAAACUUCGAUCGCAAGAAGAAGAACUUAACCAGAAGAAAGAUAACUUAGAAAGUCGUGCCAAACUUUUGCAACUUCGCGAGAAUGGUGCCAAAAAGAUGCUUGCUAUCUACCAGAAGCAACUUGAUGAAGCAGAGAAACGAUGCAUCAGUCUUAAAGAGCAACGCGAGCAAUUAGAAAAAAAUGCAAAUUAA